AUGAGGGAUGGUCAGUGUUGGCGGAGGCUCAGACUCCGGGAGACUAUCUCCAUCUAUUUGACCACGUUGCUGAUCAUCCUGGGGGUCCUGGUGUCGUCCUUUAACCCCAUCGCCCCCAGGCACAGCUCUUUUCCCUAUCGGGUGCCCUUGGACCCCCAGGGAGUAGCUGAGCUGGCCUGGAAUGUCAGCUAUUCCCAGGAAGCUGUGUAUUUCCGCCUUUUGAUCAGGCAGUUGAAGUUUGGGAUGCUGUUUGGAAUGUCAGACAGAGGAGACAUUAGGAAUGCUGAUUUGGUCAUUCUCUGGACUGAUGGCCAGAAGUCUUACUUUGGGGAUGCCUGGACUGAUCAACAGGCACGAAUUCACUUGGACGUGCAGCAGGAUUACCAGCUGAUUGAUGCUCAACAAUCUUCCCAGGGCCUUUACCUCACCUUCAAGAGACAAUUCAACACUUGUGAUAAAAAUGACUACGUCAUUGAGGGUGGAACAGUCCAUCUCCUGUACAGAUUCCUUGAGCGACCAACAGCUUCACUGGAAUCAAUAGACCUGAAGUCCUUGACCGGGGGCACACAGAGGGUGCAGCUACUGAAGCCGACCAUCAGCACUCCCACACUGCCCCCAGAUAUUAAGGUGCUGGAAGUCCUUGCUCCCAAUGUGACAAUCCCUGACCAGGAGACAACAUAUUGGUGUUACAUCAGCCGCUUGCCCAGAGACUUCCCUGUACAUCAUAUCAUUAUGUAUGAACCAGUAAUUGCGCAAGGAAAUGAAGCUAUUGUCCACCACAUGGAGGUAUUCCAAUGUGCACCACAGUUUGACCAGAUCCCAUCAUAUAAUGGGCCAUGUGACUCCAAGAUGAAGCCUGCACGGCUGAAUUACUGCAGACAUGUGCUGGCAGCCUGGGCAAUGGGCGCUCAGCCAUUCUAUUACCCAAAAGAUGUAGGGCUCGUGAUUGGUGGAGCCAAUUCCUCCAAGUAUUUGCGUCUGGAAGUUCAUUACCAUAACCCCCUGAGGAUGUCUGGAAGGCUGGAUAAUUCUGGGAUUCGCCUGUUCUACACUCCCACUUUACGGAAGUUCAACGCAGGAAUCAUGGAGCUGGGGCUUGUGUACACACCAGUCAUGGCUAUUCCACCUGGUGAAGCAAGCUUUGUACUCAGUGGAUAUUGUACAGGAGAGUGCACCAAGCAGAGCCUGCCACAAUCUGGGAUUCACAUCUUUGCCUCACAGCUUCACACUCACCUUGCUGGAACUAAGGUGAAGACGGUUCUUGUUCAGGGUGGGGUUGAGGUGGCCAUGGUCAAUGCUGAUGGACAUUAUAGUACUCACUUUCAGGAAAUCCGACUUCUACAAAAAGAAAUCACUGUCCUGCCUGGAGAUGUUCUGAUAACCUCCUGCACGUACAACACCGAGGACCGGAAUCGUGUGACAGUGGGGGGAUUUGGAAUCAAUGAAGAAAUGUGUGUGAACUACGUGCACUAUUAUCCCCAGACACAACUGGAAUUGUGCAAAAGUGCUGUGGAUAUCAGCUACCUGCAGAAGUUUUUCACCUUCAUCAACAGGAUUGACGAUGACGAAAUCUGCACUUGUCCCCAAGUCCCAGUAGUAGAACAGUUCAAUGCUGUGACCUGGAAUCUAUUCAGCAGUCGAGUGCUGAGAGCAGUAUAUGAUUCUGCCCCCAUCUCUGUGCAUUGCAACAAAUCUUCUGCUGUUCGUUUCCCGGGUAACUGGGACAAGCAGCCACUCCCACGGGUGACUGCGGUGAUGUCAGAAUCAUCGGAUCGCUGCCAGAGAUUGAGUCACGUGGUGUCGGGAGAGGCAACAGUCGUCAAUUUCACCGCCAGUAAACCAGGAGAGUGA